AUGCAUCUGGACCAGCACACCUUCUACGAUACCGUAUUCCGUCAGAACCAUGCGUUUGUCGUGGAAUUUUAUGCCGAUUGGUGUGGUCAUUGCCGUGCAUUCGCUCCAUACUACCGAGAUUUCGCCUACUAUGUCAAAGAGUGGAAUACAAUUGUGACGGUGGCAGCAAUCAAUUGCGCAGACAGCUUUAAUGCUCAAGUAUGUAGUGAAAACGGGAUUACUUACUACCCAAUACUUAAGUACUUUCCACGGACUGCCAGAUCGCCAAAUCAGGCCCAAAAUUUGGAAACUAAACAUUCAGCGGAAGAAAUACGUGAGGCGGUGAUGAGAAUGGUAGCCAAUGAGUAUUCGGUCGCUAAAUAUCCAGACUGGCCGAAUUUCUCACACAUUGUCGUUGAUGCACAUUCAACUUAUGGCCACCUUUGGGAAGGAAUACCUGAAUCUGCAAACUAUUUAGCGAUCAUUUUCGAAGUUUACGAUGGAAUCGGAGCACGGUUCAUACUGGACCUCGUAUCACGUUCAAAUGUUCUCGGUGCUCGGCGAGCUCUCUCGAAUUCUCCACUCGUCCAGAUGCUAAGAAUCCUUCAAUUUCCGACUGUUGCACUAUUCAAACGUGAUCAUCAACAAGCGCUUUAUAUGCAAAUGUACUCAAAUUCAACGUAUUCGGAUCUUGAUCGUGUGAUUCUGAAUGAUGCACACGAUUCACGGGCACUUCAAACUUUACGUACAACUACGAUACCGCCACUUAUGACAUCCCCUCAAAUAUCAAUAGUGGACUGUAAUAUAUAUCCGGACAGUUGUCGACAGCUGUAUUUCGUAUCGGAGACGGACAUGUUGAAAGCAAUGCGCAUGGCACUCUACGAUGAAGUGAUUCGAACACCUGGUCACGUCAAAGGCGAGAACUUCACUGCACUUGAGGAUUUCAUCACUUUUCUUUCCCAUCACUUUCCAGUUCUUUCCUUCUCAAAUGAUGUUCUUAGAAAUAGUGAACGGGCUCGCAUGGUUUUCGCCCACUUGAGAGAAUAUCUGGGACAACAACGAGGUGAAAAUUCAGUAUCUGUUGACGAUUACAGGAGACAGUUCGAGAACGUUGAGCGAGUGUUUGCCAGUCCAUUCCCAGUCAGUUCUUCAUGGCAGCAUUGCAAAGGUACAACACCAGUUUUCAGAGGCUAUACAUGUGGACUAUGGACGACAUUUCAUGCGCUCACAGUGCAUACCUAUAUUGACACUAUCAAGGAGAACAGUAUUGAUGCAUUGAAACCACUCAAAGCGAUCCAGGGCUGGGUAAGAAGUUUUUUCGGUUGUCAAGAUUGCAAGAAUCAUUUCAUGAAUAUGACCACAAAAAUGUUCCCGAUGACUGAACGAAGGGUUCGUUAUCCACAUGAUAUGAUGACGUACCUCUGGAGAGCUCACAACAUCGUGAACAAUCGUCUUCAUGGUGAUCCGAGUGAAGAUCCACAAUUUCUCAAGAUGCAGUUCCCCCCGCCAUUUCUCUGUCCCAUUUGUCAUUCGGGGGGACAAUUUAGCAGACGACAGGUAUCGUUUACAAGGAAGAUUUUAACACAUAUCAGCAAAGCGUAG